UUGCGGGGUUACUAAGUCCCCGUCAUCACAAGUCGACAAACUCCUCCCUUGCACGGUGGCUGGCGUCCCUUCCAGGGGAAAAAAAAAAAACUUAUCUCAAUGUUAACUCCCGGCGAACUACUCCAUUCAUUAGGCGAUAAAGAUAGAUAGAUACAUAAAACUGAGAGCCCCAAGAUGAUAAGGCAAUGAUAGUACUAAAAAUAUGCAGCAUCCUCCGCUAUUUCCUUUUCCAAUUCCAAGCCCUGAAAACAAUAGAAGAAACUGUAUCAUAGCUUUCACCACUCCUCAAAACUACGCAUCAAGAUUAUCUGAGCUCAUACACCUCAAGGGAUGGACACCCCUUUGGUGUCCCACAGUCAUUGUUGAAUCUACCCAACAAACAAUCUCUUCCAUUCAUCACUACCUCAACCCAGCUGGUACUGAUGAACCCAAUUCGUUUCUUGAAGAAUUUUCAGCUCUUGCAUUCACUUCAAGAACUGGGAUUACAGCUUUUUCACAAGCUUUAUCCAUUAACCCCACACCCCCAUUAACCCCAAAUGGAGAAAUUCUUACAAUUGCAGCUUUGGGUAAGGAUGCUGAACUCCUGGAUCGAGAUUUUAUUCAAAAAAUGUGUGAAAACCCAGAAAGAAUUCGAAUUUUGGUUCCUCCAAUUGCAACCCCAUCUGGGCUAGUUGAGGCGCUAGGAUUAGGCCUAGGGAGAAAAGUGUUAUGCCCAGUUCCAUUAGUGAUUGGGUUGGAUGAACCACCUGUUGUGCCGAAAUUCCUUGAGGAUUUAUCCAAAAGGGGGUGGAUUCCAGUGAGAUUAGAUGCAUACGAGACGCGAUGGGUUGGGGCGAAAUGCGCGGUGGAUGUGGUGAGAAAGAGUGAAGAGGAGUGUGGAUUUGAUGCAAUUGUGUUUACUAGUACUGGAGAAGUGGAGGGUUUGUUGAAGAGCUUGAAGGAAUUUGAUUUGGAUUGGUCAAUGGUGAGGAGGAGGUGUCCAAGAAUGGUGGUGGCUGCUCAUGGCCCUGUUACAGCUGCAGGUGCUGAGAGUUUGGGGGUUGGCAUUGAUGUGGUAAGUUCCAAUUUUGGUAGCUUUGAUGGUGUUGUUGAUGCACUAGCUCAUAAAUGGAAAUCAUUGGAAAAUCAAGAAUCUUGAUUUUGGUUUUUUGCUCUUUUUUGGUGUGAAUUCUUUCUUACCAAAAUCAAGAAUCUUGAAUUUGGUUUUUGCUCAUCAUGGAAGGUUUGAUGGAGCUAGAAUUGUUCCAGCACACCUCUUUCAAAGGAUUAACAAUUUGCUAUUUCUAGCAAAGAAAUUGUGAAGAGCCUAGCACCCCUCUUUAAUUGUUUGGCCAAAAUUUCUUUAAUUGUCUAGUUACAGUUUUUGUAAUUCUAGAUACCUCUUUAGUUUUGUACUACUAAUUUGGAAUUUACAGUAAUUGAUGUUGUGAGUUCCAGGUUUGAUAGAA